UCCAUUCCCUCUGCGCGUCAGUGGGAUGUGUUGUCUCUCCCGGGCUGCUCCAUCCCCCCUGCCAACCUGCAGUCUCCGUGCCCUGGCAGUGCCCUGUGCCACCUUCCUCCCUCCGAGCCGCUCUCCGUGAUGUGACUGUUCCUCCCCCCCCCCGCAUCUCUCAGCCUGGUCCUCCCCCUCCUCCCCUGUCUCCGCAGUGCUCAGAGCAGCCAUGAACCCCUUACUAACCCCCAACCUGCUCCUGCUCCCCUCUGAUGCCCCCCUGCAGCCGGCGGAGAGCCCCACAUCUCCCCCCCAGGGCUCCCUGCUGCUGGGGGGCCCCUAUGCUCCCACCGGGGGGGCCAGCGCUUUACGCAAUGACUUUGGCUCCAACAUCAAUGUCCUGAAGACCCUGAACCUCCGGUUCCGCUGCUUUCUGGCCAAGGUGCAUGAGCUGGAACGGAGGAACCGCUCCCUGGAGAGGGCGCUGGAGAGGGCCCAGGGGGCCGGCCCCAUAACCCGGGAGCAGGCGGUACAGACCGGCUUUGUGGGGCCCAUCUUGCCUCCGCCAUUAUUGGGGCUCACUCGGCCCUGCCCGGCGCCUCCCCCCCAGCCCUGGGUGUAUGGGGCCCACAGGCUGGGCACCCGGUGUGAUGUGGCCACGGUCAGCGGAGCCUAUUGGGGUCACUCAGACGGAGUUGGGGUUCAGAUUGACACCAUCACCCCAGAGAUCCGGGCUCUCUAUAAUGUGCUGGGCAAGGUGAAGCGGGAGCGGGACGCCUACAAGCAGAGGUGGGAGGAGGAAUACACAGCCCGUGUUCAGCUGCAGCAGAGAGUGACGGAACUAGAUGAGGAAGCCCAGGAAUCUGCCCUAUAUCAGGAAGAACUGGCCAUGAAAGUGAAGCAGCUGAAGGCUGAGCUGGUCGUAUUCAAGGGUUUAAUGAGCAAUAACCUGACUGACCUGGACACCAAAAUCCAGGAGAAGGCUAUGCGGGUGGAUAUGGAUAUUUGCCGCCGGAUUGACAUCACGGCAAAGCUGUGUGACGUGGCCCAGCAACGAAGCUGUGAGGACAUGAUAAACAUGCUGCAGACUGUCCAUCUGUCUCCUAUGAAGGUUUUGGGGAGAAGGAAAGAGAGGAAACCGGCUACUGAUGAUGAGACAUCGGUGUGCGAGAGUGAGAGCGCAAGAGGGGGCGAUGAAGAUGAAAGCACAGCAAUGAGUAUCAAUGAGGAGAUGCAACGAAUGCUCAAUCAGCUGCGGGAGUAUGAUUUUGAGGACGACUGUGACAGUCUUGCCUGGGAGGAGACAGAGGAAACCCUCUUACUGUGGGAGGAUUUUUCUGGAUAUGCCAUGUCUGCAGCGGAGACACAGGGGGAGACACAGGAGGAUAGUCUGGAAGAGGUGAUAAAAGACACUGAAUCUCUGUUCAAGAAUCGAGAGAAGGAAUAUCAGGAAACAAUCGACCAGAUAGAGUUGGAACUGGCCACAGCUAAGAACGACAUGACCCGCCAUCUACAUGAAUAUAUGGAGAUGUGCAGCAUGAAGAGGGGGCUAGAUGUGCAGAUGGAAACGUGCAGGCGCCUGAUCAACCAUCAAUCAUCAGAAGAGAGGUCACCGCCACCCAGUAGCGAGUCAGCCUGUAACGAGGAUCCUGAGGACUCUGAUCGGGACCCCCCGUCUUCUGACAGUUCCGCCAGAUGAUAUGGGGAACAGGAUGAUGCCCCCCCCAUUACUCCUACAAUUACUCUCCAUAUUCUGCACUUCCCAGCACUGCCAUUGGAACUGUCACUCUGGGAGCCUGGUGCAGGCAGUUGCACUCAGACAGACAAACUUAAUAUCAGUGUUCAGGACAGAUGGGAGUUGAAUGCUGCAAGAUGCUUGAUAUAUAUUAAUAGGUAUAUAUAGGGUGGGGUGGGGGCGCUGAAUAAGUAUAUAUGGGCUGCCAUGCUGAUAAACGCUGUGUGUGUGCAUUUAGGUGCUUGGUGUAUGUAUAAGGGUUUUAGGCUGCCAGGCACAAAUCUAUUAAUGGGGGAGUGUGGGGAGCUCUUUAAUUGCUAUAUGGGGGUGCUGUAGUAAAGAUGGGGUUUGGGAUUCUCUGACAGGUAUCUGGUCUGUUCAGUAUUGCUCUCUAACAGAGGCCAAUCUCACACAAUGGCUACACACUCAUGCACUUUUACUGGGGUUGGCACCUUACCUUUAAAACUGGAUACAUAUGGAACCCCCGUGCUGCACGGCUGCACAGAACCCAUUGCCAAUAUACUGUGCGGCACGUAGAGUUAAUAUCCUUUCCAGUCUUAAAGUGGCGAGAAGCCAACCCCAACUCUUGUACAGAGAUAUGGAUAUUUUUUUUGGGGGGGUGGGUCACAGUUUUGAGGUUUUCAUCUCAUAUUGUACAUUGGAGCCAGCGGUUGUGAGGUCGGCCUGUUCCAUUCUGGGACACCUACAGCCGCUCACCUAUACAUACUGUACAUUUCAUCUUGCCUUUUUUUCAAGGCAGGUAAUAGGUAUGUAAAUAAGGGAUGCGAGCUGGGCACGUGAAUGUAAAGUGUAUAUACCCACGGGGGCAAAUGUAUAGCUAGAGAGCAGAGGAAGCGGUAUCCGGAAUGCUUGGUUCCAUGCACUUAGGGAAUUGGCUGCGGAGGGUGUAAUAUCAUGAUUUAUUAUUGAAAUGAUUGCCUGUAAACCCAUUACCAUAAUCCUACGGAGAAGCCAAAGAGGGGAGGCCUGUGGCCAUGUUGCCUGGGUAUCUAAUGGACUAAAGCCAGGGAUCCCUGCUGCUGUAGGGAGUGGCUGCCACAACGAACUACAAGUUGGACUCCCCUGCUGCUACAAAUGUCUGUGACUUAAUAAAGAGAGAUUCUGCCGCCAACCAUCUUCUCCAUAUCUGCCGUCCUUGGUGCACCUCAUCCCUGGCUCCUGGUAGGGUUCAGUUGCAGAAUAACCUUGAGCUUUGUUACUUGCUUUGUUAUAGAGGUACCACCAUAUAGAAUGAGUCCACGCUACUACACAUGUACUACCAACAGGACCUGCCUUGGUGCUACUGGAUCUAGGAGUUUAAUGGUGGAUCAUGUUGGUUUGGUUAUGGAGUCAACAACAUCAUCUUACAAACCAAUCGCCCAACCUUGGCUCUUCCUCCGUCCCUUACUGCCAAGGUAUUGGACUGACUCUUCUGUACAUGACCAAAUGUCGAUGUAUCAUUAGAUGUGACUAUCAGCAAAGACUCCAAAGUGUUAAACCCACUUGUGUAGAACCCCAGCACCCUUGCGGUGAUCUCUAUCUGCCAAUGUAGCGAGGCUCAGCAGUGUUACAGGCACAUUGUGUUUGCACCAUACAACCUCAGAGUCUAGUAGGUAUACAGUAUAUAGAAAUGACUUUCUGAGGUUAAGGUCCAAAUUGUCAGCAUCCUAUUAAUCCUUAAUCAGUGAUUCUGUCUUGACCCACUUGUUGAAUUUAAUAAAGAGCAAUAAAUGGCCGAUCAUGUGA